UUUCACGCAUGCGUAUUGAUUGACAUACCGGCGACGGCUGUUCAACGGUGGCCUAACAAAUACAGGGAUUACGAGCCCAAUCUGACAGGCUUCACCAUGAGUCAGGGUAAGGACAAUGCAAGACUCAAGAGCUACAAGAACAAGUCUCUCAACACAGAUGAGAUGAGAAGGAGGAGGGAAGAGGAAGGUCUGCAGCUCCGCAAGCAGAAGAAGGAUGAACAACUUUUUAAAAGAAGAAAUGUUGCCACUGUGGAGGAGGAUGGCGUCCUGGAGGACGAUGGAAUGGCGGACAGUGGCUACCUGGAAUCACAGGCCAACAACCUGGACCCACUCAUGGGUGGAGUCAUCUCUGAAGACAUGAUUCAGAUGAUCUUCUCCAGCUCUCCAGAGCAGCAGCUAAUAGGCACCCAGCGCUUUAGGAAACUUCUUUCUAAAGAACCAAACCCACCAAUUGAUGAAGUUAUUGCUACUCCAGGGGUGGUGGAGCAUUUCGUUAAAUUUCUGAAGAGGAGAGAAAACUGCACCCUGCAGUUCGAGGCUGCAUGGGUCUUGACCAACAUUGCUUCAGGUACAUCCCAUCAAACACGUGUUGUAAUCCAGGCAGGGGCCGUGCCAAUAUUCAUAGAGAUGCUCGGCUCGGACUUUGAGGACGUACAGGAACAGGCAGUAUGGGCCUUGGGAAACAUUGCAGGCGACAGCACAGAAUGCAGAGACUUUGUCAUAGAUUGUAACAUUCUGCCCUCUCUGCUGCAAUUAUUGGCCAAACAAAAUCGUCUCACCAUGAUGAGGAAUGCGGUGUGGGCGCUAUCAAACCUGUGCAGAGGAAAGAACCCACCUCCAGACUUUGCUAAGGUGUCCCCGUGUCUCAGUGUGCUUUCCUGGCUGCUGUUUGUUAAUGACACAGACAUCCUAGCUGAUGCAUGCUGGGCGCUGUCCUACCUUUCUGAUGGCCCCAAUGACAAGAUCCAGGCUGUUAUUGACUCAGGAGUCUGUCGGAGGCUAGUCGAACUGCUGAUGCACGCUGAUUAUAAGGUGGUGUCUCCUGCAUUGAGAGCCGUUGGAAACAUAGUCACUGGAGAUGAUCUGCAGACACAAGUGAUUCUGAACUGUUCAGCGCUGCAGUCUUUACUUCACCUUCUGAGCAGCCCCAAGGAGUCUAUUAAGAAGGAAGCUUGUUGGACCAUCUCCAACAUCACUGCAGGGAAUCGAGCACAAAUACAGAUGGUGAUAGAUGCAGACCUUAUGCCUCCUCUCAUCAGUAUUCUGCAAGUAGCGGAGUUUCGCACAAGGAAGGAGGCAGCGUGGGCUAUUACCAACGCCACCUCCGGGGGCUCUGCAGAGCAAAUUAGGCAUCUAGUGGAACUUGGCUGUAUAAAACCUUUGUGCGACCUGCUCACGGUGAUGGAUUCCAAAAUAGUCCAAGUGGCUCUAAAUGGUCUAGAAAACAUCCUGCGACUGGGAGAGCUGGAGGCCAAGAGGGGAGGAGGCAUUAACCCAUACUGUGCUCUCAUCGAAGAAGCCUACGGCUUGGACAAACUGGAGUUCCUGCAGGGCCACGAGAACCAGGAAAUCUACCAGAAAGCCUUCGACCUGAUCGAGCGCUACUUCAACACUGAAGACGAAGACCAAUCGCUGGCUCCGGCCGUCGACCUGCAGCAGCAGCAGUUCCUCUUCCAGCAAUGCGAGGCUCCGAUGGAGGGCUUCCAGCUAUAAUGCUAAAAUUCUCCCAAGCUCCAGCUUCAUCUUCACCUACGCUCACGUCUCUCAGUCUCUGCCCACAAAGAUCCAGGGUGACAAACAGCCCUCCUCCCCUUUCCCAGAAAGAUGGGUUUAAUCAUUACCUUGAUUAUUAUACUACUAUGUAACAUUACAGGAGCACGUUUGUGCAUACAUCCGACAUGGGUCAGAUCCGAAGUCUUGUCAGCCAGGUCAUAGUUUCACAUUUUUCUGUUUUUAUGCCAACUUUUGCACCUGACCAGAGCUUCAGGAUCUCCAGUCAGACCAUUCUCAUAUUUUUGGUCUUCCUCCUCGCCUCGUCAGAAAGAGGAACGUCCUUCUCCUUGUUCCCAUAGGAUUGGCAAGCACUCUCUCAGUAAAUGGGAGAAUCUGGACUGCCCUGCUUGUCUGAAGCAUUAAUAACUUGGAAGAUGGACCAAUGUUGAUCUGGUUCCACACUCCACUUAAUUUCUCCUCCUACACACAAAGAAAGAUGUAACCUAAACACUGGACUGACCUCAAGACAUUGACCCCCAUGUUUGACUGCGUCACUCGGACUGACUGCCAAGAGAGGCAUUUAACUGAAAAAAUGGAGAAUUCAUUUCCUCAUCUUGUCAGAAACCACAUAGACUAAUUAGAAAGAUGACGUUGUAGCUUUGCGGUGGAUUGCUUGCAUUCCCACCCGGAUCUCAUAUCAUUCCUUCUUACCAGUAUUGGAACUUUCCCACAUGCACUGGCUCCGCCGUCAAGAGUUUAAACUGCCGUGUCCUGAUUUUAAAACCCAUGGAACCACGGGAAUCGGAAUCUUCCCUCGCACUGAGACAAUUGGACUUGGAUGAAACAAAACAGACUAUAUAACCCUGGAUUCUGUCCAGCAGCUAACCAGCGGUAUUUUCCUAUUUUUAUUUUUUUUUGUUCCAUUUAUUAAAUGAUCAUUUCCUUUCAUUUGCAGCACUUUAGUUCUGGACUGAUGCCUGUUCAUCGACGGUAGGUAUGUUUGCUAUUUAAGAUGGUUGAUGAUAUGGCUCUUCCCUCCUCAGGAAGCGAGAUGUAUAGAGACCAGGCCCCCAUUCCUGGUUUGACAAAGAUUACACUGUUUACCCUUCUAACUAAGGGGAACUCAAGCAGAUAGUGGACUGAAACUGCAAACUCUUGUCAAAAUCAGAGGAUUACGUUGUCUCAGCUAAGCUGAAAAAACUCUGCAUUUGGUAAAUUUGCUGUUUUAAUCUGUGAGCAGUCCAACAUUAAUCCAGGUAAAGGUUUCUUGAUUGAUUAUGCCAAAAUCAAGACAUGUAUCAUCCUGAAGAUGUAUGGUUGGACUCUUUUUUUUUUUUUUUCUUCAAUUGGGAGUUAGCAUCUUUAGUUGAUGGUGCCAUAAUCCCUAAUAUAUGGAUGUCCUUCCAUAAAGUUUCAAGAAGGAAAAAAAAAAUCCAGAUUAAACUUGAAAAUCCUGGUGAUCAUCAUAGUUAGCCUAACUGAAUGUUUGUUUACCAAGUACUCUUCUCAUGUUGCUUAAUUUAGUCAAAAAUCUCUGCGAGAGAUGACCAGCUCUUCGUGUUCAUUACUGUUUGUUUUUGUGCAUCUAUUCUGUUCUGCCAUUUGCAUAAAAGUCAUUUCAGAAACUCGGUGGAUUAGUUCUAUUGUUGCACGUGAUCGCUGGGUGUUUCGCCGAGGUAUGAAAGGUGAUUUUAGUUUUUGUUCAGUAAUUUUUUCCACAAAUACAUGUUUGAAAUUAUAACAGUGCCAUUUAUUACA